UUGAAGCUACUAUUCUUCCUCACAACAAUGACCAUUAUUCAGUCCCUUCAUAACUCAAUCUCAAAACUCCUAAACCACCCGUUGCUAUGGAGACUCACGGGCUUUGUGUCAAGCAUAGUUGGAAUCAGCUGUUAUGCCCUAAGCCCCUCUUUCCAACACAUGUUCGGACAGUGGAACCCACUGAAGAUCGUUGUGUACACCGUGGUAGCCUCACUUUUAAGUAUCUUUAUGCUCUUCGUUCCAAGAUGCAGUUGGGGACUUGGGAGGAGUUUGUUGUUGAAAGCACACGUGGGCUUUGUGGUCUUAACACUUACCUCUCUGUGGUCUGUUUUGGAAGACCGUAGCGAAGAAGGGAAAGUGGAAAGCGGAUUCGGCAAGAUGAUGAACGUGAUUUGGAGUGGGGCAUUUGGGUUGAUGGCAAUGAGCUUGUCGAGACAACUCCAACUUGGAUUCGAAGUUGGUGUGAGUAACUUCUUGGUUGGGUUUGGGUGUUUCUUGGUGACUUUGAUGAAGAUGAACUUGAAGCUGGCUCCAGUUGCGGCAUUCUUAUGCUAUUUGGUUGUGAACGUCCGUUCCGUUUCAGAUUUGGUGGCUGAAAUGCGCUCACGUUGCGGAAGACAGCAUGCAGAUGAGAAGGACAGUGAAUCCGAGGAGCAAGAUACGGAUAGUACUACGGGAGAGGAUUUUGAUGGUUAUUUUGAAGACUACAGUCAACCUAUGCAAGACUUCUAUUGUGAUCUAAGUGAGUUACUGUGAUUUAGGAAGUAUAUAGAUCUAAAGACUGCUGUUAUCUUUUAAGUUUUAUUUUAUUAGCAAUGAGAAAAAAUUUCACAAAGUU